AGCGACUAGUGCGAGUCCCGGGAUAAAAUAGGGGAGAAUUGUGGGUGGCAGGCGGAUCUGGGCCGUUGGCGGAUGCUGCGCUCGAGAUCUCAUCUCAGUAACUCGGUGGCGGCAGCGGCGGUUGGUUAGUAGAAUUGUACCGGAGUCGGCUCGUCGUUUCGUCGACAAGUCGCACACCAAAGUUUCAACGGCACGGGGCACGGUGAAUGCCGCUCCGCCGACAUGUCCGCUCCCGCUGGCGAAGAUGACUGCAAGGCCCCAGCGUCCCCGCAACCCCAAAAACCCAUGGCUGAUGGACAUUGCUCGCCAACCAAUCAAGGAACAGGAGAUGGCACCGAUGACCAACCGUUCGUCUCGGAGAAGACAUCAGGCUAUGAGACGAACUUGUACCUUUACUCGGAGGAGAUGGAGGACCGCCCGCGUAUCUCGACCCUCAUCUCCUCCCUCGCAAACUACUCCAACACGAUCCCGCCAGCUUCGACGGACCCUGACGCGAGGCCUGCAGCUGGAGGGGCGCGUAUGGGCACACUGAUCGGCGUCUACCUGCCGUGCAUCCAAAACAUUUUCGGCGUUAUUCUUUUUAUUCGUUUGACAUGGGUGGUUGGUACCGCCGGUGCAAUCCAAGGCUUUCUCAUCGUCCUCAUUUGCUGCUGCGUUACCAUGCUUACCGCCAUCUCCAUGUCCGCUAUAGCCACCAAUGGGGUUGUGCCGGGCGGAGGAAGCUACUUCAUGAUAUCAAGAUCGAUUGGACCUGAGUUUGGUGGGGCUGUCGGGAUGUUGUUCUAUACAGGUACCACUCUGGCUGGGGCCAUGUACAUCGUGGGCGCCGUCGAAAUCGUCCUGGUGUAUAUGGCACCCAGUUUGUCGCUAUUCGGAGACAUUGAGAUCGAAGAGAUAAAAUUCAACAACUUUCGGGUAUAUGGAACAUUAUUACUAAUAGUGAUGGGAAUAAUCGUUUAUAUUGGUGUCAAGUUUGUGAACAAAUUUGCCACGGUGGCACUUGCAUGCGUCAUCUUCUCCAUUGUGGCAGUUUACGUUGGGAUAUUUGUCAAUAUAAAUGGCAAUGAUAACUUACACAUGUGCGUUCUCGGAAAGCGCGUCUUAAAAAUGGAUAACUUAACCCAUUGCAGUAAGGACGUAAACGGUCCCCUUCACAAAAUGUUCUGCCCGAAUGGAACUCUAUUUUGCGAUAAAUAUUAUAACGACCACAACCUUACCGUCGAACGCGGCAUCAAAGGUCUCUCCUCCGGAAUUUUACUCGAAAACAUUUACGACAGUUUCUUGGAGGAAGGGCAAUUCUUGGCCAGAGAGAACAAACCGGAGGAUAUCGAAAGGGGCGGUUCGGAAUCAUACAACCAAAUAUGGGCCGAUAUAACCACCACCUUCACCAUUCUAAUCGGUAUAUUCUUUCCGUCGGUAACCGGUAUAAUGGCCGGUUCUAAUAGAUCAGGUGACUUGGCGGACGCUCAAAAAUCCAUACCAAUUGGUACAAUCUGCGCUAUUCUCACCACCUCAAUUGUGUAUCUAUCUUCUGUGAUCCUAUUUGCUGGAACCGUGGACAACCUUUUGCUAAGAGACAAGUUCGGAGCUUCAAUAGGUGGAAAACUGGUGGUGGCCAAUAUUGCCUGGCCAAACCAAUGGGUUAUUUUGAUAGGAUCGUUCUUGUCCACUUUGGGCGCUGGACUACAGUCGUUGACUGGUGCACCUCGAUUGCUACAGGCCAUCGCCAAAGACGGAAUCAUACCGUUUUUGACUCCGUUCUCUGUUUCCUCGAGCAGAGGUGAACCGACACGGGCCCUAAUUUUAACCCUCUGCAUUUGCCAGUGCGGUAUUUUGCUCGGAAACGUCGACAUUUUGGCACCGUUACUUUCCAUGUUCUUCUUGAUGUGUUAUGGUUUCGUUAAUCUCGCAUGUGCUUUACAAACUCUACUAAGAACACCAAAUUGGAGACCAAGAUUUAAAUAUUAUCACUGGUCUUUAUCCUCGAUUGGAUUAAUCUUGUGCAUUGCGGUCAUGUUUAUGACCUCUUGGUACCUAGCUUUACUUGCCAUGGGCAUGGCCGGAAUCAUUUACAAAUACAUCGAAUACAGAGGCGCUGAAAAGGAAUGGGGUGAUGGGAUUCGAGGUCUUGCCUUAUCCGCCGCGAGAUAUUCCCUAUUACGCUUAGAAGAAGGACCUCCGCACACCAAGAACUGGCGCCCGCAAAUUCUAAUUCUCGUCAAACUAACCACCGAUUAUCUGCCAAAGUACAGAAAAUUAUUUUCGUUCGCCUCUCAACUAAAAGCGGGCAAGGGUUUGACAAUUUGCGCUUCUGUAGUCAAUGGAGAUUUCACACGAAGCUACGGCGAUGCAAUGGCGGCCAAACAAAGUUUACGCAAAACCAUGGAGGAAGAGAAAGUAAAAGGCUUCGUUGACAUUUUGGUCACACGGAACAUCCGCGACGGGCUAUCGACCUUGAUACAAACUGCCGGCUUGGGCGGGCUGAAACCGAACACGGUUAUUCUAGGAUGGCCUUACGGUUGGCGCCAGUCCGAAGACCAUCACACUUGGCAAGACUUUUUGCAAACGCUCCGAAGCGUGAUGGCGGCUCGCAUGGCUUUGCUGGUUCCCAAGGGAAUAAACUUUUUCCCUGACAGCGGCGAUAAGAUGUCCGGAAAUAUCGAUAUUUGGUGGAUUGUUCACGAUGGCGGUCUGCUCAUGCUUUUACCCUUUCUAUUGAAACAGCACAGGACCUGGAAGAAUUGCAAGAUGCGCAUUUUUACCGUCGCUCAAAUGGAGGAUAAUUCUAUACAGAUGAAAAAAGAUUUGAAGACGUUCCUUUACCAUUUGCGAAUUGAGGCUGAAGUUGAAGUGGUUGAAAUGAUGAACAGUGAUAUUUCUGCUUAUACCUAUGAACGUACUUUGAUGAUGGAGCAGCGCAAUCAAAUGUUGAGAGAACUACGCUUGAAUAAGAAGGAAACUUUGGGUGUGGUGCCGAUGAUGGAUUUCAAUUCGGAAGAUAAAACGCCUCUGGUACAAUCGAUUGUCGAUCAACGGCACAUGGAUGCCAAAACCGCAACCAAGGUCCGUUUCCAGGAACCCGGAGCCGAUGGGGACAAUAAGAACGAAUCCGAACCUACAAAUGAGUACAAUGCCGAUGCGAAAGACGAAUGCGACAAUUCCACCGAGAAGGAGGAUGCCUCAGAGAAAGAGUGCGCCGAGAAUCACAAAUCUAACAACUCAGUGAGUGACGAGAAGCAAUCCGCAAUGACUCCAGACGAGGGAAACGUGCGUAGGAUGCAUACGGCUGUUAAAUUAAAUGAAGUGAUAGUAAGUCGCUCCCAUGAUGCUCAAUUGGUCGUGUUGAAUCUGCCAGGACCACCGAAGGACACCAAGGUCGAGAGGGAAUCCAAUUACAUGGAGUUCCUGGAGGUGUUGACGGAAGGCCUCGAGAAAGUAUUGAUGGUUAGAGGCGGUGGUCAGGAAGUAAUAACCAUCUAUUCGUAA